AUGUCCGGCGAGGCCUCGCUUCUCGCUGUCCUCGUCUGCAUUGCGGCAGCAUCGGUAAUGGCGGCGCCAGUGUCGCAGGCUGACGUGCUCCUCCGCUUCAAGGCAGCGACGAGGGACGACGCCGGUGCCCUCAGUGACUGGACCUCCGUCUCCAACGCCGGACCUUGCCUCGGCGGCAAGGAGGGCAACUGGACCGGCGUCCGCUGCGAGGACGGCAAGGUGAUCAAGCUGGUUCUCGAGAGCAUGACCCUCUCGGGUACGCUCGACACCGCGGCCCUCGACGGCCUCCCGGAGCUGCGCAGCCUCAGCCUCAUGAACAACAGCUUCAAAGGCUCAGUCCCCUCUCUGCGCAAUCUUCCGAGGCUGAGGAGCGUUUACCUGGCCUACAACAGGCUAUCGGGGGAGAUCGCCGCCGACGCCUUCUCUGGCAUGGACUCCCUCUGGGCCGUCCACCUGGAGCACAACGCGAUCACCGGACCUAUUCCGUCGUCUCUUGCGGGGCUGCCCAAUCUCGCCGAGCUGUCCCUGCAAGAAAACGAGUUCACCGGCGCCUUGCCGGAGUUCAGGCCCGGAGGGGGGCUGAAGCUCAACGUGUCCCACAACCUCCUGGAGGGCCCGAUUCCGGCUAGCCUCACCUCAAUUGACGCGAGCUGCUUCGCAGGUGAGAAGGAACGCGCAGACGAUUAUCAGUGUUCCCUCCAACUCCGGUGUUGCAGGCUGUUGACAAAAACUCUUUUCUUUUUUUCCUAUUCUGGACGCGUUGGCAUAGGGAACAAGGGUUUGUGCGGCGACGCCCUCGGCGUCCCAUGCAGAGCCAACUCAGACACGUCGACGAAGACAUCGUCAACGCCACUGCUCGUGGGAAUCGGGGUGAUGGUCGUAGUCGUCGUCCUGGCGAUCGCCGCCGCCAUAUUCGCCGCCCUCCGGCGGCGGCGCCCAUCGGAGGAGUACCAGCUGGGGCGGCCACCUUCGUCCGCGCGCAAGAAGUCUGCCUCCCUGGACCCCAACUGCCUUGAGCAGGGCUGCGCCGGCAGCAGCGGGAAGAGGAAGAAAGCGGGAGGCGUCAGCGGCGGCGGCGGCGGCGGCGGCAGGGAAGAGGAGCACGGGACGCAGCUCGUGAUGGUGCAGGAGGGAAGGGAGAGAUUCGAGCUGCAGGAUCUGCUGAGGGCGUCGGCGGAGGUUCUGGGCGGCGGAGCGUUCGGCUCAUCGUACAAGGCGAUGCUGCUCGAGGGACCGACCAUGGUGGUGAAGAGGUUCAGGGAGAUGAACGGGGUGGGGAAGGAGGAGUUCCAAGAGCACAUGCGGCGGCUCGGCAGGCUCUCUCACCCCAACCUUCUCCCCGUCGUCGCCUACUACUACACGAACAGGGAGAAGCUCCUCGUCACCGAUUACAUCCCCAACGGCAGCCUCUCUCAUCUUCUCCACGGUAAUAAAAAUCCCAACUUUUUGUUCUCACAAAUACUCAGUUCCAUCGAGAGCUGUUGUCUCCUGAGCCGUGAAAUUCUCCGAUCGUCCUGAGCCGUUUCUAUAUGAGGAAUUACUACCCGAUAAUUGAAUUUUUCUAAAACAAUAAAAGCGGAGAUUGUUUGUGCGGGUGAAGAAAAAACAAAAAUAAUUUGGACACAAGCUUUUUUCUCAUCUGACGUUACGAGAAUUAUGGAUAAUCUAGUCUUGUGAUGAAAAUCACCACGAUUAUCACCAUCAAGAGCGAUGAGUCCAUUUCACCGAGUUUCUCAUGCUCUCGGGAUGAAGAAUCAGACGAGAAAAUUAUGACAUUUUACAGAAUUAAUGCUCAGAAUAUGGUGGGUGGAUGAUUCUGAUUCUUUCCGGGUUACAAUUUCUCCAGGAAACUACCGGAGCUCGGAUCGUCCGGCGCUCGACUGGGCGACGAGGCUGCAGAUCUUGAAGGCCGUGGCAAAGGGGCUCCUCUACCUCUACAGAGAGCUCCCCAUGCUCACCGCCCCUCACGGCCAUCUCAAGUCCUCCAAUGUCCUCCUCGGAGAUGCCAUGGUCCCACUCCUCGCCGACUACGGGCUCUCCCCCGUGGUGAACCCCGCCCACGCCUCCGACGCCUUGGUGGCGUACCGCUCGCCGGAGUUCCUACAACACGGCCGCACCACCAGGAAGUCCGACGUUUGGAGCUUCGGCAUACUGAUCCUAGAGGUGCUCACGGGGAGGGACCCCGAGAGGCACGUCCAGCGGCGGCGGCGGCGAGGGGAGAGCAACGGCGGCAGCGGCAGCGGGUCCUGCAGCAGCAAUGGGGCCGCGGAGCUGGCGGCGUGGGUGGAGUCGCUGGUGCGGGAGGAGCGGGCGGAGGAGCUCUUCGACGGGGCAAUGGAGGGUACCAAGAACACACGGGGGGAGAUGAUGAUGCUCUUCCAGAUCGGCCUGGCAUGCUGCGAGCCCGACGUGGGGGAGCGGUGGGACGUGGCGGAAGCCCUGAGGAGGAUCGAGGAGUUGAUAGAGGGGGAGGGGGUUUCCUCCGCCGUGACCCAAGGCGACAUCCCCUGA